AUGGAGGUGGCACAAGGCUCUAAAGAUGGGCAGCUGGGCGACGGUGGUUUGAAGGAUGCUCUCACAGAGUUCGUGAAGUGUCAGGCCGAGAAAGAGAAGCAGACAACUAAACCCAAAGGGUUGUCUUUCAAUUACGCCAAGAGGAUCGAAGAGGUAGGCCUGUCAGAGUUUCCACCAGAAGCUCUGCCAUCAGAGGAUCUUCUGGCCAAGUGGGAAGCGGCCGGGAAAAUAGCCGCAGAAAAGGGCCGCAUCUACGUCGGCAGUGCUGACGCAGAUGAUCUGAUGGCAUUGCACCGGCCAGCGUGGGCGAGGUCGCCAGCAAUCGAUUUGAUGCCGAGCGGCGGCAGUUGGGAAGAUCGGCUCAAAGCCGCGCUCGACAUGAAGAAGGCGCGCUCCUUGGAAGAGCGGGUGCACUACCAGGGCUUCGCCACGUUCCUGGGGCAUGUGUUCUCGUGGGGCCUCAAGCUCGCCUUGAUGAAGGUUUGCUCUCAGACGCACCUCCUGUCGUAUGUCUUCAUCCUCGCCCGGGUGGCGGAGGGGCAUGGUGGUGUGGCAACGGCGUACCACUAUGACGUCAAAGUGCGGAAGGAGAUGGCGACGGAGCUGGAGCGUGAGAAACCCAACGUGCUUCGCUGGCUCCUCGAGCUGAACGACGACACGGCCAGGGCAGCAAAAGAUAAAGCGCAGGCUGGCGCUGGCAGGGUUGCGAAAUUCGCAUCAGCUGCUGCAGCGGGGUCUUCUGCUCAGAGCGCCGCUGGGAAUCAGGGUCGUGGCAGCGGCGGUAAGGCUGUCGGCAAGGGCGGCAAGAGUGGCAAGGGCGAUAACCGGCCCCCGGCGUGGCCGUUCCAGGAGUCGCAACACCAGGAAGGAUGGCUGGUAUCAGCAGGGGUGUACGACGGGAAGAAGAAGUGA